CCCCUCCUACUUUCUACCGAAUCGUCUCUCGCAUUUUCGUGCAUCCGUCGCAUAUCCCAAAAGCAGAGCGCAAACAAUCCACCGAUCCACGCAACCAACGGCGGCGGAGCAGCCAAGGAGUGGACCAGCGAGGGAGGGAGCAGACGAUGGGGCAGUGCGGGUGCUUCGGGUCGGCGCAGGCGGCCAAGAAGGAGCAGCGGGCGGAGGCCGACCGCCUCGAGGCGCAGGAGGCCCGCGCCAGGGCGGCCGAGGCCGCCCAGAAGAGACAGCAGGAGUAUGAGAAGUCAGCAGCUGGAAGAGCAGCGCGAGCACAGAUAAAGGCUAUGAAGGAAUCCAAGACGUCAAACCAAGGGCAAGGAGAGCCGGUUCUUAAGUGGCAGAUGGGUUAAAUUCUUCAUGUGUGUUGACUUGCAUACCUCAGCGUGUAAGUUGUUGAUGGACCUUCUGUUACCUGCUGACUAUGUGAUGCAGUUUAGUCUCCUAACUCAUUUGUGAUGUUUGGCAGUGAAGUGUACAUAUCGUUUUAGUCAUCUGCUAUUCAGGGAUAGCUUAUGCACUGCCCAAUUUGUUUUCCACAACUACAAGCGUGUUUUGUGUUACUGUACAUUCCAUAGACUGUGGUUGUCUGGCAAAGUAGGUAUCUUUUCUUUCUAGCUAUUAGGGUACCUGUGAGCAACCCAGUUCUUUAUACCGAAGACUGGUAGUACUGUACUGCAGUUUUUGUUGCUGAAGUAUGCAGAAAACUCAUGCAAAUGGCUGCCAUUUGAGCCAUGGCCUUUUCAAUGUAUAGAUAGUAAGACCCCUCAAGAAUCUACUCCGUACUGUUUAAAAUAAUAAACUCGGUGAGGGUUCAUGCCUUUC